CUCUAUAAAUCCCUCUGCCUAUAAUUCACCUUCUUCUCAAUCCGAGCUUUUUUUCUCGAUUACUACGUUCAAUCUUCUACAACUUCACUUUGCUUCUUUGAUAAUGUUGACAUUAAACCAAAGAGCUUCUGCUUUAGCCUUCUUCAUCUUGAUCCUAACCUCGGCCAUAGCGCAAGAAGUUGAGGAUGAAAGUGAGUUUAAUUACAUAAGAGGGAGCGAGAAAGGGCCAAAAAGAUGGGGAGAGAUUAAGAGAGAAUGGUCGAAAUGCAACAAUGGUGACAUGCAAUCUCCCAUUGAUUUGUCGACCAAGAGAGUCAAAGUUGUCAAAAAUUUGGGUCAACUUAAGAAGAAAUACAAACCCUCCAUUGCCAUUGUCAAGAAUCGAGGACACGAUAUUUCGGUUAAGUGGGAGGAAAAUGCAGGAUUAAUCGAGAUUAAUGGCACAGAUUAUCUUCUUCAACAAGCUCAUUGGCACUCUCCUUCCGAACAUACUCUUAAUGGAAGAAGGUACGAUUUAGAGCUUCAUUUGGUUCACCAAAGCUCAAACCCAAAUGCCAAAUACCCCAUUGCUGUUGUUGGCAUCUUCUACAUGAUUGGUCGUCCUGACUCUUUCCUCUCCAAGAUGAGUAGAAAAAUAAAGGCAUUGAAUGAAGUUAAAGAGAUGAAAGCAGGAAGCAUAGAUCCAAGAUGGAUAAAAAUGGGUGGGAAGAAGUAUUAUAGAUAUAUGGGCUCCCUCACUGUCCCUCCUUGCACUGAAGGUGUCAUUUGGAACAUUAACAAAAAGAUAGGAACGGUAUCAAGGGAACAAGUGAAGCUUCUUAGAUCGGCUGUUCAUGACUCUGCGGAGAAGAAUGCAAGACCAAUCCAACCACAUAAUGGACGACAAGUCGACCUCUACAACCCAAACCCAACGCAGACACCCAAUUGAAAUUUAUAGUUCACUUUAUUUUUUUUUCUUUUUAGGAUAAUUGAGAAUUUAAUUAUUUCCUUCCUUUGUUUAUCAUCUAUUAUUUCAUUGUUAUCCUCAA